AUCUGGCAGGUCCCGGCCUUGCUCGCUGAUCUCGGAGACCUGAUGCGCAAUGACAGACCGCAUUGAAACAACAUCCCCUUCCAGCACCACUGCAUACGUGCGAUUGCACGUCACACCACUUGACAACGAAUUGCUCAAAGUCAUCCUAUCGUCGAACCUUCUCCCCAAAGCGCGCAACAUAUCCUACCAUACGAUUGAGACCUUCCCGGAAAAGCGCUACGGCUUCCUGGAACUACCGAAUGAGGAUGCAGACAAGCUCAGGAAGAAGCUAAACGGAGCGGUGCUGAAAGGCGUAAAGAUCCGCAUCGAGCGCGCGCGACCGUCAGGCAUUCCUGCUCCGCUAGCCGAAGCUGCAAUGGCCAAGGAAAAGAUCCGCAAACAGUCCGGCGAAGGCGUCGCUCAGUUAGAGGAUAAGAAAAAGAAGAGGAAACGCGGCGCUGAGGAAAUCAGCGGCGUUGUCCUGGAAGAUGGCAGGAAGGUCAAGCGGGGAUGGACCAGCGCCGACGACCCAAAGGAGAAGAGAUCAAAAAAGGGCAAGGAGAAGAGGGACAAGGAGAAGAGAAAACAGGCGAAAUCCAAGUAUACCGAUCAUGCCGAAUGCCUAGUCAAGGCAGUGUUGCCCCCAAACGCUGUCGCUCUGAACGACACCGACCACACCACUCCCACGAGGAAGAAAAAGGGCAAGUCGCGGGAGAUCGUGGUCCAUGAAUUUGAGAAAACCACCAAAUUUCCCACCUUCCUCAAGGCGGGACCAGCUGCCGGCCGCUCAAGGACUCCCCUAGAAUUCGUCGACGGGAAGGGUUGGGUCGAUGAGCAGGGGAAUGUGGUGGAAAUCGUGAAGACCAGGCCGCCUCAAAGUGCUAAGGUCCUGCUUUCGAACACAUCAGCAACACAGCCACCGGAAAACGACCCGGAUGAUGGGCAUACCACAAGCUCCAGUGAUGAUAAGCCUCUUAGGGAAGACGAGCAGGAAAACACCGAGCUUGCGAGCGAGGGGGGCUCGGAACCCGAAUCCUCAGAACCAGAAGCCUCACCAGAACCCUCUUCGCCUUCAUCUCCAGUCAAAUCCGAACCUUUGCGGCCCAGAUCAUCCGGUUCAGUCAGGAGUUUAUCCGUGAAGAUACCUCCCGCGACCCCCAACGAACCGAAGGUUCAUCCCUUGGAAGCCCUGUACAAGCGACCAAAGCAGCCCCAAAGCGAAACCCCCGAGGCGUCCUCCGGUACACAGGGUUUCAGCUUUUUCGCCGAUGGCAGCGAAAGCGCAGGCAAGGAGGGUGAUUCAGAAGUCGGCGAUACUUUCGGGCAUCAAGUACCCCUGACCCCGUUCACCCGCCAAGAUCUGGAGCUGCGCGGCAUUAGGAGUGCUGCGCCUACCCCUGACACGGCGCACCCCAACCACAGGUUCACGCCGUGGGAGCCUGAAGACGAUACCAGGGACCAAAUCGACGAUGAGCUUGCAGAUGAGAAUUCUGAGGAGGAUGAGCGGGUUGCUUCUAAUAGCGCAGUGGCCCAGGGUGAAGAUAAGGAUGCAAGAAACACGAGCGACUUCCAAAAAUGGUUCUGGGAAAAUCGGGGAGAGCUGAAUCGAUCCUGGAAGAGAAGACGGAAGCUCGCAGGCAAGGAGAAGAGAUACAGGGAGAACAAGGCUCGUAUGGCCCGGGCAAUCUAACUAUUCUGACUCAAAUGCGAAUUACGACGCUACCUGGAGAUACCUGACGCAGGCCGAUGUCAACCCCGACAGGAUAUUCUAUCAGACGGACCUCGCUUGAGGCUGAUCCGCUGGGCGCCCACUAAACUAAACUAAACUAAUAGAACAUGAUGGAGAACUGGGGCCGGCUUAAGA